CCCCGCAUCGCCGCAUCUUUCCACCUUCCCUCCCCUCCACUCCCGCAAUCUCGUCUCCGCCGUCCGCCGCCGCGCCGUAGCAAGGUAACAGAGAUCACAACAAGUUAAAGCCUCAAGGAAUGCUGAAAGAUGUGCUUUCCUAGAAGAUAUUUCUGUUGCGACAUCAAGGACCUUGCUGCUCCCCGAGGGCUGCUGAUCUGCUCAACUCUUGAUGACCUGAUCUGCAUCGAUUCUACAACGUUCAGACUGCGCCACGACCAAGCCAUAAGAGUACUGUUCACCGUCAUGGAUCAUGACAUGGGGGAGGAAGGCUAACUCUUUGCCCAGUCCCACCUGAUUGGCGCCAGCAGUGUGAUUUAUACUUUUUGCAGAGAGAGAAGAUAUGGAGUCGACAGGAAAGAUUUUGAUGGAGCGGUAUGAGGUGGGGAGGCUACUGGGGAAAGGCACAUUUGGCAAGGUGCACUACGCAAAGAAUCUUGAGUCCAACGAGAGUGUUGCCAUUAAGAUGAUGGACAAGGACAAAGUGCUCAAGGCCGGGCUUUCGGAGCAGAUAAGGCGGGAGAUCACAACGAUGCGGUUGGUGGCUCAUAAGAACAUUGUUGAGCUUCAUGAGGUCAUGGCGACGCGGAACAACAUCUACUUUGUCAUGGAGUAUGUGAAAGGCGGAGAGCUCUUUGACAAGAUUGGCAAGAGUGGCAAGCUCACAGAGGCCGCUGCACACAAGUACUUCCAGCAGCUCAUUGGUGCGGUGGAUUACUGCCACAGCCGAGGUGUGUAUCACCGGGACUUGAAGCCUGAGAACCUUCUGUUGGAUGAGAAUGAGAACCUCAAGGUCUCAGAUUUUGGACUGAGUGCACUUUCAGAAUCCAAGGGGCAAGAUGGCUUACUCCACACCACCUGUGGGACUCCAGCAUAUGUAGCUCCAGAGGUGAUCAGCAAGACAGGCUAUGAUGGGGCAAAGUCAGACAUCUGGUCCUGUGGUGUUGUUCUAUUUGUACUAGUUGCUGGUUAUCUUCCUUUCCGGGCCCCAAACAUGAUGGAGAUGUAUCGCAAGAUACAGAAUGGUGAUUUCAGGUGCCCUAGUUGGUUUUCACACAAACUCAAGAAGCUCUUGUACAAGAUCCUCGACCCCAGCCCAGACACAAGAAUUUCAGUGCAGAAGAUAAAAGAGUCUACCUGGUUUCGAAAAGGCCCUGUGGAGACCCGUACAGUAAAGGAGAAAAUUCUGAGUGAGAAUGACACCACAAAUGCUGCUCCAGCCGUUGCUAUGAGGCGCAAGAAGAAUGUUCAUGAAGACGUGAAGCCCCCGACUGUCACAAGCUUAAACGCCUUUGAAAUUAUAUCUUUCUCCACAGGAUUGGACCUCUCUGGCCUAUUUAUCAGAAAGGAGUGUAAGAAGGAGACGCGGUUCACUUCUGAUAAGGGUGCCGUGUCCAUCAUCUCGAAGCUUGAAGAUGUUGCAAAAGCACUGAAUCUCAGGGUAAGGAAGAAGGACAAUGGUGUUGUCAAGAUUCAGGGGAGGAAGGUGGGGAGGAAGGGUGUCCUGGAGUUCGACACUGAAAUAUUUGAGAUCACGGCAUCCUACCACCUCAUCGAGAUGAAACAAACGGGCGGUGAUUCACUUGAGUACAAGAAACUGUUGGAAGAGGACAUCCGGCCAGCACUGAAGGACAUAGUCUGGGCCUGGCAUGGAGAUGACCAGCAACAAAAGUAGUAGCUUUGGAUCUCUCUUUUUUGUUCCAUAAAAUUGUUAGAUCUUUCACUUCAGAUUGAUUUUGUUCGACAUGUGCGUGUUCUUCUUACUAGUUACAUUCUUUCUGUUUCUGUGGACCAUUGGACUGUAUUCUGUCGUGCAAUAAUUGUUGGGAGGCCUGAGUUUGUUAGUCGUUCCAUUCUGAAAACUGGUAUCUGUUCUGUAAUGGUUGUCCCUAUCAAUAAUGAAAUAAUUGCGUUUGAUCCUUG